AUGGGCUUUGGCUUUUCUUCAAAACCCUUCUUCCUUUUCCUCUCAUUUCUUGUCUUGUUUACCAAUCUUCAACUUUCUCCACUAGUUGAAUCUGCUAAUGAUUACACAACCCUGGUCUACAAAGGUUGUGCAAAUCAGGCUUUCACAGAUCCAGCUGGGGUAUACUCACAGGCCCUAUCUGCCUUGUUUCAAACAUUGCUUUCACAGUCCAUGAAGGUCAAGUAUUUCAAGACAACAACAGGCACCGGUCAAAAUACCAUUACUGGUCUUUUCCAAUGUAGGGGAGACCUCAGUAACAGUGACUGUUAUAACUGUGUCAGCCAGCUCCCAACGUUAGUUAACAAACUUUGUGGCCAAACUAUAGCUUCAAGAAUCCAACUUUAUGGCUGCUAUAUGUUGUAUGAAGUUGCCGGUUUUUCUGAAACUUCUGGCAUGGAAAUAUUGUUCAAGACAUGUGGUGCUACAAAUGUUGCUGGAGUUGGAUUUCAAGAGAGAAGGGAUACUGCCUUUUCAAUUUUGGAAAAUGGGGUGGUUAGUAGCCAUGGUUUUUAUACCACAAAUUACCAAUCUGUUUAUGUAUUGGGGCAAUGUGAAGGAGAUGUGGGAGAUUCAGAUUGUGGAGAUUGCAUAAAAAGUGCAGUUCAAAGAGCUCAGGUUGAAUGUGGGAGUUCUACCUCAGGUCAAAUCUAUCUGCAUAAGUGCUUUUUUAGUUAUGGUUAUUAUCCUAAUGGGGUUCCUGGAAGAUCCUCAUCUUCUUCAUAUUCACAUGCUUCUUCAUCUUCAUCAGGGACAGAACAAAAUACAGGAAAAAAAGUGGCCAUAAUAUUAGGAGGGGCAGCAGGAGUAGGAUUCCUUGUCAUAUUGUUGAUGUUUGCCAAGGGUGUGAUGAAGAAACAUGAUGUGCUUGUCCAUGUUAAAGUUCCCUCCCAUGGCAUAGUUGGGGCUGCUGAUAGUGAUAUAUUGGAUUUAGCAGUUUUCUUUUCUUUCAAGCUAAAUGAACAGCUAGCUGUAACUACCACAGUUUGGCUGCAUGCUGAGUGCUUGUCUUGUACAGGGAAGGGCCUGAUAAACAGGAUCAAAGGCAAACGUUGCACAGCCUUGAAAAACGAUAAUAUGGUUCAAAAUAGACACACAACCGGAAGCCAUAUCUUUGCUGCAAGUCCUGUAAAGACAAGGAAGUCAUUGAAUUUGUCACUUAAUCUUUUGACUGGAACAAAAAUUGGUGAGAUGAGAUCACUAGAAGCUGUUGAUUUCUCUGUGAACAAAUUGUCCGGUGGAGAAACCAGCAACAGAUUUGAAAAUAGUUUUGUUCAAUUUAGGCAUGGCACUAGGAUUUGUUAUCGGCUUUUGGAGUGUCUAUGGCCCUUUGGUGAUUGA